AUGGGAGGGAAGCUCGAAGAUCAUCAACAACCAUGGCUGCUUCAAAUGGCGUUACAAAACGGAGACAGAGAAUCUCCGAAUAGUCGUGGUCAGAUGCAUCAGGAAGAGGUGGUGACAGUGAGAGAUCGACCGGAGAAGAAAGAGCGAGAUCCGGAAUCGUUGAGUCGGAGCAAGAGGAGACGAAGCGAGAGGUUCGCGCCGAGGAACGUGAGAGAUGCUGAAGAAGAUAGCUCGGAUGAAAGCCUGGAAGACGAUGAUGUCAAGCAUAGUUAUCACCGGAAGAGCUUCCCGUCGGGUCGUGUCCCUAGGCAUGCGGCGUCUUUGAAGGUCACCGAUGGAAUGAUCGGCGUACCUAUCCCGAGAAAGGCUCGCUCAGCAUGUAUGAAGAGGUCGCAUGACUGCCGGACUUCGUCGGGAAGCGGUGGCGGAGGAUUUGGAGAAGACCGGCGAAGACAUCCAUCUUCGAAUUCGCCGGGGAGCUACAGCUUCGAAGUUGUUUCACCGUCUUCUUCAGCUGUUUUGGUCAAGCAGAAGAAGAAUGUACACGGAUGCAAAUCCCGGAUACCGAAGCCACCGAAAUCCUCCGGUACGAUUGAGGACGACUUGGAGAUUGAAAUAGCAGAGGUCCUAUCGGGACUGAAGAAACAUCCUCAUAGCUCAAAGAGAGAAGACGACUCGGAGAACUCCCUAAAAGGUGCGAAGAAGUUGAAAACCGGAGGUGAUGAUUCUUCCGCAGGUGUAGAGAUCGGCGGUUUAGUCACUUGUAAAGCGAGAAUCGAAACUGGGCUCUCAGCGAACAUUGAUCAAUCCACGAACGGAACUAAAACAUCGUCAGUAGUCACCGAUACUCUGGAGGAGAAACAAGCAAGGCAAGAAACACCUAACAUCUUGGAUGGCGUUCAGAGGCAAGCUUCACUGGAUUCGGCGGUGUCAAAAGGGAUGGGUCCACAGUUGGAAAGCAAUAGAGACGAGAGUCAUUGUAGUAGUAAGCUCGAGAUUGACCUAAUGGUUCCUCCAGAAAUGCCCUCCUCGCCAGAGAGACUUUCUCUUCUUCCGUUGGUUUCUGAUUCUAUUGUUACUAAAGACUAUUGCAAGGCAAGUCAGCAAGAUAUUUCUGUAAAGAGCAACGAAAAAAUAAUUGUCGAAAAACGUGAAUGGUUGAAUCUUAAUCUAGAGAGACUGAGCCAGGAUACCGGCAGAGAUUCUAGCUUAAGAUUGCAAAAUUUGGAUUGGAGCCAACCUCAGCAGGCUAAAUCUGCUCAGCAGAGUUCAGUCUUACCUUUGACGGUAGCUGUAGGCGGCUGGCCUAGCGGGCUUCCUCCUCAGGGAUAUGUACCCCUGAUCCAGAAUGGUACACCUGUGGAUGGGAGCAGUGGAUCUUCUACAUUAGUGCAGGGUGGUCGAUUUUCUGCCUCUCAGCCUAGGCCUAAAAGGUGUGCCACACACUUUUUCAUUGCCCGAAACAUUCAGCUACAUCAGCAAUUUGUCAAAACAAACCAUCUUUCCCAGCCAAACAAAGGUUCUGUGUAUCUUAGAGGUGGUGACUUGAGCCCAGCGGCUGGAAUCCCAUCCGUGGUCGGAAGCUCCCCUAUUCUCAGUUUAAACUUUCAGGCACAAGAUAGAAUCGCGGUUGGUGUUUCUGCGCCUGAGGAUAAAGCCUAUGAAAGUGGCCAUCUUGCCUCAACCAGACCGAAGAAGCCUCAACUACCCCCUGCAUCUAGUAGUAUACUGCCUUCUCAAGCUUUCAUCUUCCCUACAAACCACCAAUUGCAACCAGUCACUGUACCUUCUAAAUCACCUCGUCCAACAGUAAGUCCAUGUGUGGCUGUUGGUUCUGCAUCCGUCAGUUUUAACAAUCCAAGUUCAUCAGCCACCGAAGCUUCUUCUUCAUAUUUCACAGUUCUUCCAAACAAUGCAUAUUCCUUUCAACUAUCUUCAACUAACAGAGGUGGGACUGCAAGCCAAGGGUUGCCUUUCUUCAAUGGGUCCUUUUAUUCGCCGCAGAUGUUCCAACCUCCCCAGCUUCUGCAGAAACAGAGUCAAGCCCCGAAGGAGACAAAGGCAGCAAGCUGUUCCUCAUCGUCCCACAGGCAACCGCAAGUUAGUGUGAAUAGUCUUCCAAGCCAAGCUAAUGUUCAGAAGCACCGUCAACAGUCUCAAAAGUCUGAGGCUAAAACAGUUGAAGAUAACUCAGAUUCAAGGAGUUGCCACACUCAGAAAGGAGGGCCAUAUGGCCAGAUCAUGACAGCUCCUAUGCAGCCACAAAACUUUUCCAUGUCAUUUGCCUCUUUCGCGGGUGGUUCUGCCCCUGCAAAUCUGAAUUUCUCUUCCAGUGGCUACCAUGGCGUAACAGCACCUGCCCUUGUCCAUCAGAAAAACCAUCAGGCAAGUGACUCAAAGACGGGAGGUGGAAGCUGUUCAAGCAAUGCUGAGGACCAGAAGAAGACUCUUACCGGGAAACCUACAGCGAGGAUGAAUGGACAGACACUGGUUUUUGACAAUCCAUCGAGAACCCUCAACUUUGUUUCUGGCACUUGGCCUCCUCCUGCACCAAAAACAAUAAAUGGAGACCCUUCACUGUUUACCCAUCAUCUUACGCAGAGGCAGCAGCAAUCUGGUCGGAGUAAGACUAUGAUCACUCAUGCUCAGGCUGCCACGUCACCACAGUGGAAAAAUCCUGCAACCCCAUCACUUGCGUCGUGCAAAUCCAUAAACCUAAAGCAGUUCCAGUCUCAGCAGCAGCAGAUAAGAACACACGGACAGACUCAGAUAUCUUUUGCAGCACCAGUAAAGUCGCAACAUGGGAGAUCUGGUGGCUCGUAUGCUUCAGCUCCACAUGGGAAAGCAGCAAACCCUAAGGGCAACAAUAGCAAAGGCUUGCCAUUAUCACCUGUUCAUUCGUCUGGUGCACACCCACAGGACCAGACAAAGGACUCAGCUACUGGCUCCACACAAAAAACGUCUCCAGUUUGUGGGAGGAACGUGCCACGGAUCACCUGUCUGAGCUAA